UAAAUCGGGUACGUUUUUUAUCCGGCCGUGAAAAUACUGCCCCCUAUCCCAAACAGGUUAACCAUAAACAGCGCUCUCAAUACAUCGUUGUCGGAAAAAAAAUAAACAGGAAAGAAAAUACUGCAGUUCCUCUUCAUGCCACAAGGCGGCAAGAGUACCUCAAUGAUGUAAUUAGUCUCUAAAGCAGCAGCGCCGCGGUGAUUGAGCUGACGUCGAUCAACGAUGAAUCUGGGUCACGGCACCAAUGUAACCGGUGCUGUACUGCACCGCUGUAACUCUGCGUUGUGUGUGGUUGAUUGAGACUAUAGACGUGGACUUUGGAGAUCAGGUUGUUUUAAUUCAUCAGAAUUCACUCUCUGCAUCCUGCAUCUGCAUCCAAAAGAAAAGAAAAUAUUUGUAGAGCACAUAUGUUCUGCGAAUCGCCGCCUCGUUCUCUCAUAGUGCAUCAAAAUGAUUUUCGAAUACAAAAAUGAGUACAGCCUCUCCUGAUUAUGCAUCAACACAUAACAUAUAUUUUACAUAGAUAAAACCACAUACCUGCAUCCAAAAGAAAAUAAAACAUUUGUAGUGCACAUAUGUUCUGCGAAUCGUCGCCUCGUUCCACAACAGAUGCACAAUACAAGGGACUGGGAUCAUUCGAGGAGCUAGCCAUCGUUCACACAUACCAUAGCCUGCUAAUACCUUAGCUAGCUAUUAACCACAUGUUGAAAUCAGAAUGUUGAUAUCAUCCUAAAAAGUACAAUUACAAGUGCAUCUUAACAAUACCAUCCACUUAUGAGUAACCUCUCCAUAUACAUUAUUCAUGAACAAAACACUGUGUAUGACUUUGUGCUUAAAAUAAUCAAACUUUUCUGAAGACAGAAAAAGCGUGCCUACCUCUCAUAGUGCAUCAAAAUGAUUUGAGCACGAGCACGCAGGGCAAAACGUAAGUACACACUCCCCUACUCCCAGGAUGCAGGCAUGCAUAAUAACAAAUCAACAAGACAUAUUAAUAUAUGAACCUGGUGAAAUUCACACAGUACUUUAACAACUGUUACACUGGCACUGAUGUAAAGCAGGCAGGCCCUGUUUACAUGAUAUGUUACUUUAAGGUAUCCCAGUUGACUUAAAAUGGUCUGGUCUUCUGUGUUCCCUGUACUGAAAUUACAUCUGGGAACAAGCAAACAGAGUCAGAAAGAGAGCGAGAAAUUCCUGCUGUAGGUCUUAACCUGCUUAGUCAGCAGCCAUGAGAGACGCUUUCUCCUUCAUAAAUUUGACCCUGCCAGGUGAGUCAGCAUGGUGAGUCAGUGGUCGCUCCCAACUUUCACAGGAACAGCAGCUAUGUAUGUCCACAGCACAUGGUCAAGGGAUGUCAUGCUUUCUAGGGGGUGAACUGCAGAUGUGUGGACGUAGUUAGACAGCUGUAGGCUUUUUUGCUGUAGCUUUAUUUCAGCUUCCUGAAAGAUUUGAAAGAGUAUGGUCUCAUAGCUUUUCAAUUACUGAAAAGUAUCAGUAAGGACUACAUUAAGAUGACUGAAUUAUAACAAACACAUAGUCUAAAAGUAGGAUGUGCUCGUUUAAAGUGGACAUCCACACUCCUGUAACACGUGGUAUUUAUAGACUAGCUAAAAGUUUUCAGUCUUUCAGUAGUUCAACUCAAGCAGUGCCAGUCACCCACAUCUCUUCUAUCUAAACCUACAUAAACAUGAUUAAUUGAAUUGUUCCUACAUGUGACUAUCUCCUAUCUUAAUUUAAAGAACACAUUCUGGCGUGAUAUCCUACCCCUCAGCGAAAUUGGAAGACUAAGCCACUAUUGACAUUUAAAUGGAGUAAUCGUAAACAAACGUCAAACCAAACACGCUACAAACACAUUAGUAUGGCUUUAACGUACAAAUACAUAUAUAUUGACAUUAAUUUGUCCAAUGACAUAUAUUUAUUACUCCUCAUCAAGACGAAGUGAUCUAAACAUUGACGUCAAUUUCUGAACGUAUCCCCCCUUUCCCGUAGAAUGGAACGAGCAGUUCUGAACUCGUAGCACAUCGCAUCGUUUCUCUGCUUGGAACGUUGUUGGCCAGAUGGGAUUUUCACGAAAAAUGUAUUGAUUAUAAUAUGUUAUUAGCAAGAAGACUGGUGGAACAUUUCCAUCAUGGGGAGAUAUGUAUACCAGGAUGUCGGCAGAUUCUUCUAUGUCGUUUUUUGUUUGAAACCACACUAGUGGAAUAAACCGCAGUCCUGAUCUAGUCGUCUGCUACAGGGCAGAGAAGGUGGCCAUGGGGGUAGCGCCUCACUCUCUCCUGGCCCUGACUGGCCAGCUGCCCUGGCUGCUGCUCCUGGCUCUGCUCACUCCCUGGAAUGUCCUCAGAGCUGAAGAACUGAAGCCCACUAGAUGGCCCAUGUUCUCCCAGAAGCCUUUGCUCCUCGCCUGGAAUGCCCCGACAGAGGACUGCCGCCCCCGGCACGGUGUGCGCUUCCCGCUGGAGCAGUUCCAGAUUGUGGCGUCGCCCAACGAGGGCUUUGUCAGACAAAACCUCACCAUCUUCUAUAAGGACCGGUUAGGGCUGUAUCCGUAUUACGAGCGGGAUGGCACCGCGGUGAACGGUGGGCUCCCACAGGCCGCCAGCCUCAUGCAGCACUACGAGAAGAUGCCCGAAGGUGUUCACAAGUACAUAAGUGAACCAAACGCCAAAGGCCUUGCCGUCAUCGAUUGGGAGGAGUGGCGUCCGCUGUGGAUCCGCAACUGGGACGUCAAGGACGUAUACCGGAACCAAUCCCGGCAACUGGUGGCCAACAAAAACCUGGAGUGGCCCCUGGAGCGCGUGGGGAAAGUGGCCCAGCAGGAGUUUGAGCUGUCGGCCCGGAAAUUCAUGCUGGAGACCUUGCGGCUGGCCAAGAGCCUGCGGCCCAACCAGCUGUGGGGGUUCUACCUGUUUCCAGACUGCUACAACCAUGACUACCGGAGCGGCCUGGAGAACUACACUGGCCGCUGCCCUGACGUGGAGGUGGCCCGCAAUGACCAGCUGACCUGGCUAUGGACUGAGAGCACGGCCCUGUUCCCAUCUGUCUACAUGAGCACAGUGCUGCGCUCCACCAUGUUUGGGUGCCAGUUUGUCCGCAACCGGGUGAAGGAGGGGAUGCGUCUGGCAUCGGCGGGUGACGGGCUGGCACGGCCUGUCUUUGUCUAUACCCGGCCUACGUAUGCCAACGAGCUGACUCCGCUAACUGAGACAGACCUGGUGUCCACUAUUGGGGAAAGUGUAGCCCUGGGAGCAUCUGGGGUCAUCAUCUGGGGAGACCAUACCUACGCCAGCAGCAAUGCCAGCUGCUCCAGUCUGAGUGAGUACCUCCGGGGUCCACUGGGCCGGUACCUAUUCAAUGUCUCCACAGCAGCAGAACUGUGCAGUCAGAAGUUGUGCAGCUUCCAUGGCCGCUGCCUCCGCAAACACUCAGACACUGAUGCCUACCUGCACCUCAGCCCCCUCACCCACACCAUCAGCAGCCAGGGGGGGAGGCUGAAGGUGACUGGGCAACUAGGCCAGGGGGAACUGGCUGGGUACCGUCAACACUUCCAUUGCCAGUGCUACAGUGGGUACAAGGGCGAGGGCUGUGCCCAGAGAGAGCUGGGGAAGAGUGGUGCUGCCCCUGUCUGGAAAGUCUGGUCUGUACUGACUCUGCUGCUCCCUCUGGGGCUUCUCACUGUGCUCCACUGAGGCUGGGAGGAGCAGGCGCUGACACCGUGCAAUAUGGGGGAAGCCACCACCACCACACCCUGGUACUGGUUCUAGUCCUGGCCUCUACUGGUGCUCAGGGAUCUUCCUGGUCAGGGAUGGGCACUAGCUGCUCUGUGGGACUGAUCCAUGGAGGAGAGGACAUGGGAGUGCCUGCUUCUCAACAUGAUGAAGGAAGGAGGGGACUGAAGAUACCCCUCAGUACCCUUCAGUUACCCACACAAGCUAAAGGGACAGCAUUUGAAGUGGGCAAAACAACAGGCCUUCUAUUUUGACUUGAUGAUUUUAGUGAGUGGGUGCGCUGCAGGUGUGGCAGAAAUGAAGGUCUUUACUGUAGUGAUCUAUCCCUCCCUUCACCAGAGCUGGAAGACAUCUGGAGCUAACAGCUAGAACUAGAACUAAGAUAUCUGCAAGGUGUAUGAAUGCUAACCAGCUGUAUUAUUGAGUUUGUGUGUGUGUCUAUGUGAACUGUCAUUAGUUAGAAGUGUACUAGGGUUACUAGUUAGACUGUAGUUUGUUAGAAUGUGCCUCUCUCUUUUUACUCAUGUUGAAACUUAUGAGGGAGUUGAAUCUUCAACAACAGAGAAGCUAACGCAUCACACAAGAACGCUACUUUUCUAUGAAGAGACUGCCACUGUGAAGCUUCUGUCCAAAGAGACCUGUGCUGUGCUUGGAUAGUCCUACCUCUCGGCUAGACGGCUACACCCUCACCCAGUUCUGAUCUGGUCCAACUGCAGAUACGGCGAGGAAAAUCAACAGUAAUUUUCAGCAUCUUUUUUGUAAUGGUCUCUUUUUCUAUGGUCUUAUUUUUUUUAUGCCUCUAAUGUUGCUGUGGAAAAUAACUGGAAUAUUUGAAAAGACUGCUUCAUUUUAAUAUUCAUGACCUUCAAUAAAGCUUAGCAUUGUGGCGAGGAACUCAUUUCAUCUACGUAGCUGUCUGUGUCACACGCGGACUGCUUUUGCAACACUCUAGCACCUCAGUCACAUUAACAAGAAACGACUCAUCUAAGAAUGUGUAAGAAAUCUUUGUAGUCCACAACAUGUUCUUUGACAUUUGUAAACAAACCACUCAUCUGCACAGAUGACAGUGCGAAGUGCCUGUCCAACGAGUGUGUUUGGCCUAACGUGUCUGUGGUCAUCAUCCUUAUUGUCAUGCUUCUUAUUCUGGUGCAUCUACAUUUUCUCUGUGUUGAUGUUUUCUGAGUGUUUGUGAGGAUUGUAAACCAAAGCUGAAAGCACUUUCGCUCAUUUUGUCUUAACUAUUCUGCCUUCUGUUGCCUGAAACCAUAUUCCUUAGAAAAUGGCUUUGUCCUCUCGUAGGCUUCUUCAGGGGGCCUCCAGGGCCCUCAGCGUGGGUCUGUCGUUUUCACUGCUCUUAUUUAUGUCCCAAACAUGCUUCUCAUUUACUCUCCUACAUGUGCAUUAGAUGUAAUUGUAAUUAAGUGUAAUAUGUCGUUUCUUUUUAUUACAUUAAACUUGAAAUAUGA